CUUCUUGGCGCUGCAUCGGGCAGAAUGGGAUGAUAGGCCAUCAUGAAUGGCUCUACUGCUCACAUCAGGAUGAAGCUGUGGGACGGUGCCUGCAUCAGGAUCCCCAGCUCCACAAGGAGCCUUUGGCCUGGCCAGCCAAGCAGCCAGGGCUGUGUGUGCUUUCCCCAGCUCAAUCCAUUUUCCCUCUCUACUCCAGGCAACAUCUCUCAGUAGCACUGCCUGGGCUGUAGCUCCCAGCUCCCAGCUCACGAGUUCCCUCUUUGGGGAGCAAUUACAUCACGGCCACUGCUCUGGCUUAGCUCUUGGAGCACCAUCUCUGGUAAAGUAGUAGCAACCUCAUGGUGUUACAGUAUCACAGUAGCCUCCUUGCUGGACUCCAGCGCCAGGCCCCAGUUUGUACACACCCCCUCAGAAGGUGGCGGGUAGCCCAGGCAUUGGGAUUUUGCCCUUCCCUGUGAAAGGCCAGAGGUUUUACAUAGCCCUGGACGGUGGUAGCCUUGGGCUGGCUGUAGUGCUUCCUCUAGCCAUGCAGGCAGUUGCCUCGUGCUUGGAUGACUGUUGACUGACUCCCUUGGUUAGGCUCAGCUCUGGGAGGGCCCCCUCUGGUACAAGGUGACAACCCCAUGUCAUCACUGCAUCACAAAUGUUGCCUUAGCUUAGCUGUGGCAGCAUCAUCGCUGCUGAAGAGAAGAAAACCCUGUGUCAUCACCGCAUCACAAACGUGAGCCAGCGUAUAUGUCGGGAGGAUGGGUGUCACUUUGCCUCUGAGCUGACAGGUGAAGAGAGCUGAAAGAGCAGGUAAGCACACUGAGCUGAGUCCGGCAGCUCCUCACCAAGGUCUCUGUGGCAGGGUGGGCUCUCGCUGUGCUUGUGGGCAGGCCCAGAAACUCAGGGUCCAGCAACCCUUGCAAACUCAUUUGUGUGGAUGCGGCCUGGUGUCAAUAGGAUCAAAGAGAGUGAUUUGAGCUUCCCCUCACUUUAGACAUAAGGCUGAAAUACAAAGGAUUCUUGAAAGGGUAUUGGAAACCCAGCAGUGUUUGGGGUAGAUUUUGAGCCUGGCUUGCAGAUAAGAGAGCAUCCCAGUGCAGUGCCCAAAGCCCAGUGGGGAAUAAAAAGGGUCUUUGGCUUGGGAAGCAACAAAGACAGAGAGCCUGGGAGCAGACGCUGAAAUUGUUCUUUUAGGAUUGUUCUUCUCGGCGUGUUUUCAGAAGAUUGUUGCUGUCGAUCCUAGACCCAGGGACCACAGGAAGGGUGAGCACUGCCCCUGAACAAAGGGGUAGAUCCUUGGAUGUUUGUAAAGAGUAAUUGUCCUGUUCAUGAAGAUUUCUUCUCCUGACCAGAGAAUCUGGACUUGGGCUGUUGGUCUCCUUGUAACUAAUGGGAAUAAUAAUCCCAGGUGUUUGCUGAGGAUCUGAGGAGGCUGUGAAUGCAGUAACGGAACUGACAAUAUCUCCUUGGCUCCGCAGAGAAGGAGGUUGCCCUUUGCCUGUGUGCAGACCUGGCGCGUGAGAGGGAGGUCUGAUCCCUGAGAAAUGAACUUUUCCCCCAUCGCCAUGGACGGUGUCAUCUCUCCAGCUUUCCUGUGGUUCCUGAUGCUGGUGCUCACCUUCUACCUCCUGCUGACCUUCAACAAGCACAAGGAAGGCAGCUGCAAGAAGAGAAGGUGGAGGGGCAGCGAUGAGGAGCCCAGAGCAGCCUUUUCCCUCUGGGAGGAAGAUCCAGAGGAGUCUUCAGGGUCCUCUGGGUCCCAAUACACUGGAGUCCUGGAGAUGCUCAUCACGGAUCGCUGGGAGAUGGACCUGAACUUUGAUAACAUAAUCAGAUCUGUGAAGGAGGCCUCAAAGAGGCUCACCUGGAAGGCCAUCAACAGCAGCUCCAUCACUUGUGACUCAGCAAGUGAAGCCAGCUUCUCUUCAGGGACGUCUUUCUCCCCUGCUAGCGAUUAUUCUCUCACUUCAACUUUGGGGAGCCAAGCCAGCUCUUUUUCAGGGGAGUCUUUCUCCUCUUUCACUGAUGGAGAAGGUCUGGCUCAAGGCUCUAGAGUGCAGCCUGUCCUCACGUAUCCCCGGCCUAGCCAGGAGAAGCAGCAGGACCUGGCGACUCGCCCACCUGGCAGGGAAGUGGGGGCCAGCUGCCACAUGGCUGGCAGUGGCCUGCAGCAGCAGCACCUUGAGGUCCACCUGGAUGUGCCCCCCCAAUGCCCAGGAGUGUUGGGCUUCCACGUCGGGGAAACGGAGACAACUUUCUUGUACCCUGAUGCCCAAGAAGACUUGGAGGAGCGUGUCCAGAAGAAGAAACUUGAGAUGCAACUGGGGCUGCCGGCUGCUGUCUGCAAAUCCCUGCACGCCGACCUGUCCUGGCCUCCUAGCCCACCACCACUGCCUGCAAAGCCAGACACGGAGCAGGUUUCCAGCAUGCAGAGGCAAACCUUCCCAGGCAAAUGCGUCAUGUGA